UCCGCUUCAUAACGCUCCGCUCGCGAUGGAUCUUCCGAUAAUGUCCCAGGUGGAGAGCAUCGCCCAGCGCUUUGCGUCGUUGAAAUCUUCCGUUGGUCCGGAAGGUGACGGCGUGGAAGCUGUGGCGCCGGUCAAGAAACUCAGCGGUUUGGAAGAUCCCAACAACAACAGCAAUUGUGAGGUUCGCGGGAAGACUGCUCUGGACGUCGAGGACGAGGGACAACCACCGUACGAGAUCCGUCCGUUUUACGAUGGGAAGAGCAUUUUUGUGACCGGUGGAACGGGCUUUUUGGGCAAGGUUCUGAUCGAGAAGCUGCUGAGGAGUUGCGAUGGCGUCAGGAACAUCUACGUGCUGCUCCGCCCGAAGCGGGGUUUGACCAGUGAGCAGCGCUAUCGGGAGUUUGUGAAGCAUCCGGUGUUUGAUCGGCUGAGGGUGAAGAUGCCCUUUGUGCUGGACAAGAUGGUUUGCAUUGGUGGUGACAUUACGUUACCGCUAUUGGGACUGUCCGAGAAGGAUCGCCAGCUGCUGGUGGAGAACGUGAACAUCGUGUUCCACGUGGCCGCAACGGUUCGGUUCAACGAGGGACUGAAGGAGGCUGCCGUGCUGAACGCCAUCGGGACGCAGCAGAUUCUGGAGUUGUGCGUCAAGAUGUUCCACUUGCAGAGCGUAGUCCACGUCUCGACCGCCUACAGCAAUCCGAACAGGAAGGUCGUCGACGAGGUGGUCUACCAGCCGACGAUGAACGCCGAGUCGUUCAUCCAGUGCGUCAACAUCCUGCCGGGGGAUGUGAUCAACGCGCUGUCCGGCAAGCUGCAGGGAACGCACCCGAACACGUACACGUUGACCAAGUCCAUCGCGGAGCAGCUGGUGUCGGAGUACAGCAACCAGCUGCCCAUCUGCAUCGUGCGGCCGUCCAUCGUGACGGGGGCGCUGCGGGAGCCGUUCCCAGGGUGGAUCGAUAACGUGUACGGGAUUACAGGUAUCAUGAUGGAGAUCGGACGCGGCACAAUCAGCAGUAUCAUGUGCGACCAAAAGUGCGUCAUGGACGUCAUUCCGGUGGACAUCGUGUGCAACACCCUGAUCGCAGCCGCCUGGGAAAACGCCAUGACCAUCUCCAACCCGAUUCGCGUCUACAACUGCACCUCCGGCUCGGUCAACCCCAUCAAGUGGUACAAGUACGGCGAAAUCACACAAAAGUACGCCGUCAAGAACCCCACCAAGUACGUGAUGCUCUACCCGGGCUUCCAGUACCGCACGAACCGCGUCGUCCACAAGAUCGUCGAGCUGUUUCUGCACUUCCUGCCGGCGUACUUCUUCGAUCUGAUUCUGCGCGCCCAGGGCUCGAAGCCGAUCAUGGCGAAGAUCGCCAAGCGCUUCCAGAAGGCGGCGGACACGGGUGAGUUCUUCGCGAUGCACGAGUGGACCUUUGAGGUGCCGAACUUGAAGCGGCUGACGCGGAAGGUUCACGGCGCACGGGAUGGGGCUGAGUUUGAUAUGGACAUGGCCGGCAUGAGCUGGGACGCGUACCUGGAGCAGUACAUGCUCGGCAUCCGGAAGUACGUGCUGAAGGACGACCUGGACAGCAUGGAGCAGGCGCGGAGCAAGCUGCGGAAGCUGUACUGGAUCAAGCGGCUGCUGCAGGUCGGGGUGCUGUUUCUGCUGUACCAGUUGUGCGUGAAGAGGUGGUUGUUUUGAGGGGGUUGGUCAUCAUCGUGUUGGGUAAGAGAUGGAUGUGUGUGUUUCUUAUUGUGUUUGAAACAUUUUUAUUGUUUGCGAUUAUAUAGCUAAGUGUUAGAGUUAUGUACCUUACUUAAGGUUAGACUUAUUUGCGUACACUAUGGCUGUAUUGUAUGGCAGAAUCGAAUUUAAUCAUAAAAUACACGUUUUCAUAUUAUUAGUUUGAGACAAUAAACUAACCAAGAAUGUUAAACUUGUUUUAUUUGAUCUAGUGGUAACGAAGACCUAAGAAAAAAAAAAUCAAAACUAUUUUGAAUAACUCAUAA